AUGGGCACUGACAUCGUAGUAUGCUGGUCACAGAAGGGAGAAGUUGUGUUGGCAAAGGUUGAUUGCACACAAAAGGCUGAGCUGCUGCAAAAGUUUGAUAUAAAGGGGUUCCCUACUUUGUUUCUCUUUGUUGAAGGAGUUCAUAAGGCUUGUGAGGGUAAAAGAACUAAGGAUGGUAUUGUGACCUGGGUGAAGAAGAAAACAAGACAUGGUGUUUACAACAUAACAACAAGCGAAGAAACCAUUCUGGCUACUGAAGCUACAGUUGUUUUGGGAUUUAUUGAUUCUUUAGUGGGACCUGAGAGUGAGGAGAUUGUUGCUGCUUCGAGAUUGCAAGAUGAUGUCAACAUUGAAGCCCUAGACAAACGUCCCGCAUUGGUCUUGUUGAAGAAGGAAGAUGAGAAAUUAAGUUAUUUUGAUGGUCCAUUCUCCAACUCGGCAAUUGCUGAAUUUGUGUCAAACAAUAAGCUUCCUUUUAUAGUUACUUACAACAGAGAGAGUGCUAUGCUGAUGUAUGAUAAUCCAAUCAAGAAACAGUUGUUGCUUUUUGCUACUUCACAUGAUUCGGAUACGAUUAAGCCCACAUUCCUCGACGCAGCAAAAUCUUUCAAAGGAAGGCUUGCUUUUGUCUAUGUGGAAAUGGACAACCAAGACAAUGGGAAACAAGUUUUAGACUACUAUGGUGUUCUUGCUUUUAGAACUGAUGAUGACAAUAAGUAUUUAAUGGAUGGUAAUUUGACAUUGAGCAAUAUGAAGUCAUUUACAAAUGAUUUCCUGGAAGACAGACUGCGGCCUUUCUAUAAAUCAGAUCCAAUUCCAGAGAAAAAUGAUGGGGAUGUUAAGCUUGUUGUGGGCAAAAACUUUGAUGAAGUUGUCCUGGAUGAAUCCAAGGAUGUUCUUCUUGAGGCUCUUGAGCCUAUUUAUGAUAGGCUUGGAAAGCAUUUAAGAGGCAUUGAUUCCCUUGUCAUAGCAAAGAUGGAUCAAUGA